AUGGGCGUAUACUCACUGUUUUUAUUUAGUUCUAGUCUCCAGCCAUCCAGGUCAAGCAUCAAGUGUUGGGCCAUCCAGGUCGAGCAUCAAGGUUCCGAUCGCCCGUCCAUGGUUAUAGGUAUCCAGGUCAAGCAUCAAGAUUCUGAUCGCCCGUGCAUGGUGAUAGCCAUCCAGGUCAAGCAUCAUGGUUCCGAUCGCCCGUCAAUGGUUAUAGCCAUCCGUGUCAAGCAUCAAGGACCCGAUCGCCCGUCCAUGGUUAUAGUGUUCAGUCAUCCGGAUGAAGCGUCAAGGACCCGAUCGCACGUCCAUGGUUAUAGUUCUAGUCUCCAACCAUCUGGUCAAACAUUAAGGUUCUGA